AUGGCCGGAAAGGACUGGCCACCAUGGGAACGCUUCAAUGAAUGGGUGCAUUCGAUUUGUGUCGUGACGUUUGAUCUGGAACUCGGACAAGCUCUGGAGGUGAUUUACCCGGGUGACGCAGUACUGAGUACUCAAGAAAAAACGAAUAUUUGCUAUCUGGCAUUUCCGGAUUCCAAUAGCGGCACGACGAAAGAUGCAAACUUCCAUUUUAGAAUCAGGAGAGGAACAACAGAAAUGACCCCUUCUCAAGCAACCCUUCUGGAACGGUUAUCACCGUCGAUGUCGUUUGAGCCACGCUAUCUGUAUGGAUUUGUUCACUUCCGUCAACAAAAAGACCCUUCUAUUCGUCGAGGUUACUAUCAGAAGAGUUUGGUGCUAAUCACAAUACUACCUUUCUUCAACCUUUUUUCAUUAGUCAUAGAGCGAAUAGCUGUCCAGUUUUUUGAUAAUGGAGAACCAGCCAUUGAAGCCGCCUGCCAUGACAUUGACCAGUGGCCUUCACCUUGUGCUGGUGAACCGCUGUCUCUUCCACUGCUUGGUUUUCUGCUACGGAUUCGCAUUCCAUGUCAAGCUGAUUUGCCAUUAGACCGUCGUCUGGCUCAUGAACUUAAGGCACUUGUCUCUCUUAUCGCCCCUUUAAAGUACUACAACGACUAUCGACCUUUCUUCACUAUUCAUGACUCCGAAUUUAAAGAGUAUUCGACCAAGGGCAGAGCUCCUCCACGCGUCAUCUUGGGCGUUACGAACCCAUUCUUUAUAAAGGCGUUGGACCAUUGGCCUCAUAUUUUAAAGGUGGGGGACACGGUAGAAGGUACUGAUAGCCAUGACCGACAAGAAAAGACAAGACAUUGGGAUGGUCGGACUCUUGAUACGAAAGCUGGUUUAUAUACACAGUAUAAGACCUUUUUGAAUAAGGACAAAAGUGUUACUAAGAAGUUGUUAAAAGGAGUCCAAUGUAAUAUACUACGAAGGCAUUUCCUCGAACUUACACAGAGUUUCAUGAUUCCGCUUGAGCGCUAUCUGUCCUCAUUAAUGCCACUGAAGAAGGAAAUGUCGCCAUUUAAGGCUAUUCCUUGUGCACGUCCUUUUUCAAUUGAUGAAUUUCUGUUGACCAUCGACGGUUCGGGUCCGUCUCUGACUUGUGGUAUAAAAGGAGAUUGGCCAGGAUUAUAUCGUCGAUUCGUAAGUAGUGCUAAUUUCAACGGUUGGUUAACAAGUCGAAAUCGGGACGUGAAUACACAACUUAAGGCACAAUAUGUGGAAGCACUUUGUUCUGCAGAUUUGGGGUCAAAAGUACUUGCUACAAAACAUCAUGUAGAAAUUGUGGAUUUGGUGUUAAGAGUCCGACAACGAAUCAUCGAACUCGAAGAGGCAAACGAGAAACGCCAUCAGUUGGUACACCAAAUUAUUUCCAUACUAUCUGCUGUCGACGAAGAAUUGAAACAGGUGUUGAUGUCGAAUUGUUCACUGCGUGAAAUAGUGUCUUAA